GAAAUGAAAUUGUGUUGAAAUCGAAUUCAACAUGAGCCCCAUUCCGUAGAAAACCAAAGUCAAGUCUUCUUCAGAGAUGCUUCGCAUUUGAGUUUUCAUCUUCUUCAUUCAAUUUCGAAGCCAUUCCUUUUGGAUUGGCUUCGUUGUCACAAUUCAUUUCCUACCAAUUUUUUAUUCAAGAAAUCAAUAUAAAAUUCAAAAACCUCAUCAAGAACCACAUCAGACAAAUAAAUUCGUAGAUUACAAGGCAAAUUAACAAGAUCUUCUUCAAUUUCGUUUGUCUUUUAAGGUUGUCUGGUUUUGCAACAACAACAAUAACAACGUUGUUGUAAAUUCGAAAGAUUUUAUAGAUCUUUUGGAAAUGGCGAGAGGAAGUAGAUCAGUGAGUAGUGGUAGCAGUAAAUGGAGAUACUGUAAUCCAGCUUAUUACUUGAAGCGUCCUAAGCGUCUUGCUAUGCUUUUCAUCGUUUUUGUUUCAGUUUCUUUUGUUGUUUGGGAUCGUCAAACUUUAGUCAGAGAAUACCAGGUUGAAGUUGCUGAGCUACAGAAAGAAAUAACCGACUUGCAUAAUUUGUUGGAAGAGUCAAAUAAAGUGCACGGUGGCACUGUCAGGAAGCUUGACUUGAAGGGAAAAACUAACAAGUCCACUAAAGAAGUCUUGGAUGAUCCCAUUGAUAUCCAGAGAAGGGAAAAAGUAAAAGAUGCAAUGCUUCAUGCUUGGAGUUCUUAUGAGAAAUAUGCAUGGGGACAAGAUGAACUACAGCCACAGUCAAAAAGUGGUGUCAAUAGCUUUGGAGGUCUUGGAGCAACUUUAAUUGAUUCUCUUGAUACACUAUACAUUAUGGGUCUCGAUGAACAGUUUCAGAAAGCCCGAGACUGGGUUGCAAACUCUCUGGAUUUUAACAAGGAUUAUGAAGCAAGUGUUUUCGAGACAACCAUAAGAGUAGUAGGUGGCCUUCUUAGUACAUAUGAUCUUUCAGGCGACAAAAUUUUCCUUGACAAAGCUAGAGAUAUUGCAGAUAGAUUACUGCCUGCAUGGAACACACCUACAGGAAUUCCUUAUAACAUAAUCAACUUGUCACAAGGACGUGCACACAAUCCUGGAUGGACUGGGGGUGAGAGUAUUUUGGCAGAUUCUGGCACUGAACAACUAGAGUUCAUUGCUCUAUCUCAAAGGACCGGAGACCCAAAGUAUCAGCAGAAGGUUGAGAAUGUAAUAACAGUGCUUAAUAAAACAUUCCCUGAUGAUGGAUUACUUCCUAUCUAUAUCAAUCCUCAUAGUGGAACAACAGGCUACUCUCCUAUCACAUUUGGCGCCAUGGGUGAUAGUUUUUAUGAAUACUUGCUUAAAGUUUGGGUACAAGGGAAUAAGACUCCAGCUGUAAAACUUUAUAGAGAUAUGUGGGAGAAAUCAAUGAAAGGCCUGUUAAGUUUGAUUCGGAAGUCAACGCCGUCUUCCUUUACUUAUAUAUGUGAGAAGAGCGGAGGAUCUCUCACCGACAAAAUGGAUGAACUAGCCUGCUUUGCUCCAGGGAUGAUUGCUUUGGGAUCGUCUGGUUAUGGUCCUGAUGAUUCACAGAAGUUUAUGUCACUUGCUGAAGAGCUUGCUUGGACAUGUUAUAACUUCUACCAAUCAACUCCAACAAAAUUGGCUGGAGAGAACUAUUUCUUUCAUUCUGGAGAGGACAUGAGUGUGGGUACAUCAUGGAAUAUCCUAAGGCCAGAGACAGUUGAGUCACUCUUUUACCUUUGGCGCCUAACCGGCAACAAGACAUACCAAGACUGGGGUUGGAAUAUAUUUCAAGCUUUUGAGAAGAACUCUCGCAUAGAGUCAGGCUAUGUUGGACUAAAGGAUGUUAACACUGGCGUUAAAGACAACAUGAUGCAAAGUUUCUUUCUUGCGGAGACACUGAAGUAUCUUUAUCUUCUCUUUUCGCCUUCUUCGGUCAUUCCAUUAGAUGAAUGGGUAUUCAACACAGAAGCACACCCUUUGAGGAUUGUGACAAGGAACGAAGCGGAACCUGUUAAGAACUCAAAUGAGAAGCAAAAAUCUUUUCCUAGAAUAGGUGGCAGAAAGGAAGGUCGGUCGGGUUAGACAUCUGUUCAUGCUUCUCUACCAUGACUAGUUGAUGAACCACUUCAACCAAGAUUCAAAGACGAGGAAUUUGUUCCAUUAUGGAAGCUUGUAAGAUGUCAGAAUUCCUUCAUCGGGAAGCAAUUGUGAAACAGGUUGAGAAAUAAGUUCAUGUUGCUUCAAAUGAUGAGUAAUAUAGGAAAUAGAAAUAGGUCUUCAUAUCUUGCAAAAUGGGUUUAUUCAAGGUGACUUGGCCUUUUUGUUCAUUACUGCUUCUUUUAGAAUCUUGACUAAAAUAGGUUGUGGCCCUUAAUUUUAUUUUUUGGUGGAACCAAAUUUUGAGUGCAUUUCAUACAUGAUUUAUGUAACUGAGGUCUAUACAUCUGCGCAUUCCAUAGAAGACAGAUACUAUAAGCAUUCAAUAUCUGAGAUAUACAAGUAGUGUUUUACUUUGAUUGUUAUUUUAAA